GAGACCCUUAAGCACAUUUGGGUGGAGGGUGGCGUGCAGCGGCUUGACUAGUCGGCCCAUAUUCCUUUUAAAUACAGCGAACUAGUUAAACAAACCUAGAAUUUAUACGCUUGUUAACAUGACUAAUACAGAAUAACUUGUACAACACAAAUGUUCAUCACACAGGCUAUAGUUCGGCCUCUAAUAGUAAAAAGAACAAAGUGUAAUUCCUCCUCCUACGCGAGGUCUUGCAAGUAGUUUGCUCAGAUAAGUAAUCGCAUGAGGCGACCCCCUGCGAGUACCCUUACUAGUCUUUAUUAAUACAAUAAUCCGACCCCAGGACAGCACCGGCCCUGACAGCCGUGUGUGUGUGUGUGUGUGUGUGUGUGUGUGUGUGUGUGUGUGUGUGUGUGUGUGUGUGUGUGUGUGUGUGUGUGUGUGUGUGUGUGUGUGUGUGUGUGUGUGUGUGUGUGUGUGUGUGUGUGUGUGUGUGUGUGUGUGUGUGUGUGUGUGUAUAUGUGUGUGUGUGUGUGUGUGUGUGUGUGUGUGUGUGUGUGUGUGUGUGUGUGUGUGUGUGUGUGUGUGUGUGUGUGUGUGUGUGUGUGUGUGUGUGUGUGUGUGUGUGUGUGUGUUGAAGAACGACACAUAUAUUUGGACAUGUUUUAAACUGGGUAAAAGCAAUUAGCGAUGGAUAUACCGAUUAACUACUGAACAUAGUAAAGAUGGGACUCGCAGAAAUGGGUUAAGUUAGAUGAAUUCAGCUUCCAAAGUGGACUAGUGAUUCUUAAAAGACUACCAAUGCAACUCUCGAACAUGACUGUGACUCCCCUUUCCUUCAAGGGGAGAAGAAGUGUGCGCUGCGGGAGAUGACCAACCUCAGCCAGCUUUUCGACUACAUCCAAACGCCGCUGGUCCGCUGCGACACACAGCUGAUGCUGGGAGGCCGUUUGCUAGGCAAGAGUCGCUACACCGACGGCGAGAAAUGGGUUUGUGUGGACAAGAAAUUCAAAGUGACUCCCUUGAAAUGUCUGGUCUUCUCCUUCGGCAUUGGGGGAGACUGGUCAUUCGAGGACGAAGUCGAUAGGAAGCUGGGCUGCACGGUGUUUGCCUUCGACCCAACCAUCAAAAAGGAGAAUCACAACCGCACCGCCAGAAUCAGCUUCUUCAACCUGGGCAUCGGCGCCCUCACCAACACUGACCCGCAGGCCAAGAAGAAGGUGGACCGCUACGCCAACAUCCUCGCGGGGCUCAGCCACCUCAACAGCAUCAUUGACAUCCUCAAGAUUGAUGUGGAGGGAUCCGAAGUCGCUUUCUUUGGGGAUGUUUUUGGGAAGACUCCCAACCUGCUGAAGAAAGUCAAGAUGAUAGCGAUGGAGAUUCACAUGGACCCCAAUCUUAUAGGGCAGCCCCAGAUUCAGGCUCCUCAACAGAAGCAGUACGUGACCAUCCAGAUCAAAAACUGA